GAAAUCGUGCCGUUGCACUCCAGCCUGGGCAACAAGAGUGAAACUCAAAAGAAAGAAAAGAGUAGUUGAAAAUGGGUGCCAGACAGCCGCAUGUCAGGGCCCCGAGGAGGAAGGGGUCAGAGUGGAGGGAGAAAGAGCAGGCUGGCCAGGCUGUGGGAGACCGCCAGCGGAUGUUGCCUGGCAGGUGGAGGAACAAAGGCAGGGCCUGGUGAGGAUGGCCUGAGGGCUAAUUGCACAGCUCACCGCUCACCCAUGCGGGAAGGCUGUGGCCUCAGGGCCCCGCCUGGCCUCCAGAUCCUCACAUCCAGCGAUAAGGGCUGGUUGCGUAAUCAUGGACGUAUUGAGACGUGCACAGGCGAGGAGAGCUGGCCGUCCCAGGAGAGGGGAGGCCUGGGGCCCGCCAUCCGGUCUUGCCUCAUCACUCCCCACCAGGUGGAGAAGGCCCGGUUAUCAGCAGCGAGCCUGCCGGCUGUUUCUAGUUCUCUGGAGCCUGGAGAUCUUCACUCCUGGACCCAGAGCGACAGCCGUGGGAGAAGGCGUCAUAGCCACCACUGUGUGCACCUGGCCAGGCUGCCCUCGGGCUCUAUCCAUCUGUCCUCUCCUGCGUCAGAGCCACCACCUGACAAUCAGCCCCACUGUAGCCCCUUCCGGGAGGGCACAGAGCCCUGGGCAGCACCCCUCCCUCCCGGUUUGUGGGUGUCACUCUCUUGCCCAGGCUGGAGUGCAGUGGUGCGAUCAUGGCUUGCUACAGCCUCAACGCCCUGGGCUCGCACGAUCCUCUCGCCUCAGCCUCCCACAGAACUGGGGAUGCAGGUGCCUGCCGCUGCGCCUGACUGGUUUUUGGUAGAGAUGGGGUCUCACUGUGUUGCUCAGGCUGGUCUCCAACUCCUGGACUCAAGCUGUCUGCCCACCUUGGCCUCCCAAAAUACUGAGAUUACAGGUGUGAGCCGCCUCACCUGGCCCCAAAUAAAACAAUUUAAAAAGGAAAAAAGUGUAUGUGUGGCGGGAAGAGGAGGGCGAGGCCCGGAAAGGAGCUGAAGGAAACAGACCCACGCAGAACAGCUGGCACCCACGCCCGCCUCGACGCUCCCAUCCCUUCACCUCGGAGCCAAGCAGGCACUGGGGGGCGCGGGGAGCUUCUGGCCUUUCUGGUGAAGUGACUCUUUUCUGGAACUUUCCAAACAUCCUCCCCCACCCGCAACGCCUCCCACCGCCUUUCCUUCCUUCUUUCUCACUCCCUUCCUUAUUCCUUAUUGUUCGUCACAGACAAAGUCCCUGGGUAGGAGUGUGGGCAGCUGCCAUUUGGGACCCAUGGGGGCCUCCCGCCAUUGGGCAGCCCCUCUCCCUGGCUUGUGGGGAGGCUGAGGUGAGCCCGGGUCUGCCUCUCCCACCGCAUAGGAGUGCAGGAUCCUGGUCAGUGGCAGGCACCCACCGGGAAGGUGGCAGGCCGACGGUCGUUUGCAAAAGGAUGGGGACAUUCGGGCACAGCACAGGGGCAUUUACUCAGUCGACAGCACCCUGACUGGCAAGAUUGCAGAGCUUCCCUUCCUUGCUGAGACACCCGUGAAACACACAGCGGGCUGCUCAAGGGGGUGCAGGAGGCAGGAGUGGGGACAGCUCAGAGGUGGGUGUGGCACAGGG